AUGACCUUGCCCAAGUGCAGCCUUUGGUCGCAGCCAUUCUGGACAGCCCCCUCCGCCUGCACCUGCUGGACAAUGCAGAUGUGGCCCUGGCGUGUGCUCGUGUCCUGGACCAGCAGGAGCAGCAGCAGGCAGCUUGCCGGCUCCUGGAGAAUGUGCCAAGUACCCGAGGGGCCAGUACUACUGCUGGGAGACAAAGGGGUGCCAGGUGCCAGGAGGCAGCCAGGAGCUGGUGCAGCUCUGGAACGACAUCCACUACCAUCUGGUCAUGAGGAGGCUGGCGUGGCUGCGCUCACCCCGGUGCAGAAGUUCCGCUGCAGGAAGAGGAACCCUCCGCCCCCCUCCCUCUGCCCGGAGGGGCUGAAGAGCCGGAACUUCCCCAGAGAGGUGCGUGAGAAGCUGCACGAUUUCGCUGUGAGGGUGAACACCAACCCCAGCAAGACUGAGAGGGAGAACUUGGCAUUGGAGACAAGCUUGACCCCUGAGCAGGUGUACAACUGGUUUGCCAAUUACCGGCGCCGCCAAAGAGCCCUUCCCCAGCACAUGGAGCCAGCCCAGCAGGCCACAGCUGAAGACCCUGGUGCAAGGGAGAGGGGUCCUGACCUCCUGCAGCCCUCAGGCAACCCCCAUGUUGCCUCUGGGUUUGUGGACAGGCCUCAGUGGUCAGAGGAACGUGAGGAAAAGGGGCCUCCACAGUCCCCACAGACCACCCAAGGACCAUGGGAGCCACUGGCCUUAGCCACAGCCUUUCCUGCAGAUGAGACAGUCUCAAAGCCAGUGGAUGUCAGUGGCUAUCCCCAGAGCAUGCAGUUGGAGGAGGGUCUGGGCACAAGCGGUGGACAGACAGAGCUACGGGUGGGCAGCCUCCUGGUGACACAGCCCCCACUGCAAGCUCCUGAAUUCAUCCUCACCCAGAGCCCUCUGGAGCUGGCCCCAGCCCCAUCUGCCUUCCCUGGCCCUGUGUCUGCCAUGGAGCUGAGCCAGGCCCUGCCCUCCAGCCAGGUGCAGUGUUCCAACAGCCAGGCCUCUGGUGAUGCCUUCUGGGGAGCCAGGAUGCUCCUUGAGUUUUCAGGGAGCAGCCUGGGCUGAACUAUCCUCAGGAGCCAGGCGGCACCCCAGGAGGAGCAGGUGUGGAUGGUCUGGCUGGUCAACACAAGGAGUUGCAGAGCUUUAUCCUGAAUACAAAAUGAAGGUCCCUAGAGUUCCCCUGGGGGCUCUGCUGAAAAGCAUUGAUUCUUUCCCACUGCCAUGUUUGAAUAGUUUGGUUGGCAAUUUCCUGUAGUUGAGAAAUGUUCAUGGGAUCAGAAGUCAAAGGUGUCCCACUCAGGCAGCUCUGGAUCAGUCAGGCUCCGGGGCACUUGUGGGCAGAGAAGGCCAUUCUAGAGAGGGGAGUGUUCCGCUGCUGGCUGCCUUGCCAUCUGCCCAUGCACAAGGCCGGACUUCUCCACCAAGUUAACUGAGUGAGGUAUGAGGAGUGUCCUGAGAUUUCUGUGUGUAGGGACUUCGAGUACUGGGAGGCAGACCUGUCUGCGAAUGGCCCAGGCUGGGUUUUCCCUUCAGGUUGUAAUUCACUGUGUCUAUGACACAAAUGUCAAUUAAAGUUUAAUGUUUUGAA